AAAUGCGUCCACAUUAUAGCCAUGGAGUAACCAACAAGCAUCCAUGCAGUUGAGAGGAGCGAUGUGUCUAGAAAGCUGCUGCAGUUACUGUUUGCUCAGCAGCUAUUUAAGAGAGCAAAGUGCUGAAGGUUACAUUUUUAAAUCAGCGGAGAGGGAACGGGUUUGAGGUCAUGGGAAACUCAGAGAGCGUGUGGUGGACUGUGGUGGAGAGCGCCUGCAGGAUCCUGGGAGUGUCUACAGCAAUAGUGCUGUGUGCUGUGGGAGUGGAGACCCUGCAUCAUGGAGAAUUCAGCAGCCUUGCGGUCUACCUGCUCGUGUCAUCUGUUUGCAUCAUGAUGUUUGAACUGGCCUAUUUCGUGGACGCGCUCCUGAUCGUGUGUCUGCCCUGUCCUCCAGACUGGAAGCUCUUUGUGUUGUGGGGAAAGCUGGCCGCCAUUGGAGGAUUCCAUAAAUUUCUCUAUUAUUCCAUCAUGUCGGUGGUCUGCUUCCUGCACCCUGUGUUGGUAUGGCAUGCAAUAAUCCCAGGGAUAAUGCUGCUGGUGACGGCUGUUUUUAAUUUCAUACUGAGCAAGAAAAAAAAGGCAAAGUGUCCAAGAGGAGCAGCGGAGAACUACAGCGACCAACGCCUCACCACCGUCUGUGCGACAGAGAGAACGGCCUCGGGGAGCGCGCUGUCGUUCGUCCACGUGAUGACGGGCCGGAGAGGAGGGGUGAUCGCCCCACCGACCCCAGACCUCUGCAUCGGCCUCGGAGACAGGAGCGAGAGCGUCCAGGCCAUGCUGGACCCGGAGCAGGUGGAAGCAGCCAAAGAGGCGGGCAGGCAGAGGACGGCCAGGAGAGAAAGGCGGCUGAUCUGGUUCAGACGUGGAGAGAAGCCUGUGGAGAGAGAGCUGGAGGAGCUGGACGCCUACUGUGACCAGGACGCAGACGCCACCUCAGACACUGUGCCUAUGAUUACAGACUGAACAGAAUGCACUGACUAGAGUCAUGCAAUGAAAGGCACAAGCAAUGUAUUCACAGCCGAAACAUAGCAUUAUUUACAGUGUAGAAUUAUAAUGUUCUUGAUAUUUUAUGUAAUUACAAAACUACAAGAUAAACACUCCUGGAUUUUUUGUUAAACGUUCCACUGAUUUAUAUAUUUUUACUUAAAUAAUAUAUUAAUUUUGAAAAUAUCUUAUAAUGUGUAAAUUCAUUCUAUUAAAUAAAUUAAAACAUUUUACUUAAAUGUG